UGUGUAGGGUCGAUGCUCUGCCGCAUCACUUUUGGUUUGUGAAAUAUGUAUGCGCUUCAUGUGAACGUGAAGAAGGCCAAUAACUUGAAAAAUAUCGAAAUCUCAGGGAAGAGUGACCCUUACGUCGUUGUCGAUUUUCAAGGACAAAAACAGAAAACAAAAGUUAUUGAUGACGAUUUAAAUCCGAUAUGGAACGAGGAAAUAAUAAUCGAUUUAAAAGGAAAGCCUUUAGCUGCUUCCGACAACGUAUUGAUCAAAGUAAUGGAUUUCGACAAAGUUACACCAGACAAAUUCAUGGGACAAGCGUUGAUUCCGUUACAUUGUGUUUUGUCAACAACAGCUGAAGUACCUAUUUGUGUGGUACUACAGAAUAAAAAACAUCAAGAUACCAUGUCAACAAUUGAAUUGUCACUACGCUAUGAAUUUCCACAAAACACGAAGGGAUUAGCCAGUAAUGAAAUAGAACAAGGCGGCGUAGGCGAUAAAGUGGAUGCUGGUGGCGCUGGUGAUGCUGGUGUAAAAGUUAGUGCGGGUAAAGGGACUGAAAUGAAUGAAAAAGAUACACUUGAUGAUGAACUGGGUGCAGGUAAACGUAAAAAGAAACUAAGUGGUCUGGCAGUCCGUCCCCAAUAUUCAACCAAGAAACAAGAUUUUCAAAUUCGUGUCAAAGUUAUUGAAGCUCGUCAAUUACAAGGUGCUAAUAUAUCACCAAUAUGUAAAAUUACGUGCUGGAAAGAAAGUAAAGAUACACGUGUUCGAAAUUCUACAAAUUCACCAUUUUGGGACCAGACAUUUUUUUUCAAUUUCUUCGAUUCAGCUGCCGAAAUGUUAGAUCAACAAUUAGUGUUCACAGUUUACGAUUCACGUCGUCUUCGUCGUGAUUCAAUGAUUGGUUCUUUCAAAUUCGAUUUAUCAAUAGUUUAUGAAUGCGAUCGUCAUGCAAUGUUAAAUAAAUGGUUGCUACUAUGUAAUCCCGAAGAUCCAAUGUCUGGUGCUAAAGGUUAUUUAAAAAUAUCAGUUGUUAUUCUAGGGCCUGGAGACGAAGCUCCGAUUAUGAAAGUUGGUGAAUCCGAUGAGAAAGAAGAUAUUGAAGGAAAUCUUCUACGUCCUGCUGGUGUUCAAUUGAGACCAGCAAUUUUUAAAAUUCUUUUAUAUAUGGCUGAAGAUUUGCCAAGAAUGGAUUCAGAUGCUUUUAAAGGAAUCAAGAAUUUACUUUCUACAUCCGAUGAAGAAAAAGAGUUUGUGGAUCCCUACGCACUUGUUUCAUUUGCUGGGAAAUCGAUUAAAUCUAGUACAAAAUAUGGAACAGAUCAUCCUGAAUGGAACGAAGAGAUUACAAUGAACAUUCAGUUCCCGUCAAUGUGUGAGAAAUUGAAAUUUACGUUCUUUGAUUGGGAUCGUAUUGGUUAUAAUGAUCCUAUAGGAACUGGGGUUAUUUCUAUAUCACAAAUUUCUGCUUUUCGUGAUGACACUGAUGGCUUCUUACCAACAUUUGGUCCAAGUUUUAUCAAUCUCUAUGGUUCUCCAAGAGAAUACAGUGAUCUUCCGGACAAAUACGAAGCAUUAAACUUAGGCAAAGGACAAGGUGUAGCAUAUCGUGGUCGUGUUUUGUUAGAGUUAUCAACUGAAUUAUUAGAUGAACCAACAGCUGAUUUGGUUAAACCAUUGGAACAAGAUAAAGUCGCAAGAAUCCAGAAAUCCUUAAGAAGAAGAAAAUACCAGUUGUAUGUUGCAUUUUUAUCAGCAACAAUGAUUGAAGAAAAAUCUGACGGACCAAUUGAAUUUGAAAUCAGUAUCGGUAAUCAUGGGAAUAAGUUGGAUGAAUCGGUCACACCAUGUGCAUCAACGACACCACCAACAAAUCCUGUAUCAGAUGGAUUACAUUACUACUAUUUACCAUGGGCUGAUGAUAAACCAUGCACUAUGGUUGAUUCUCAAUGGGAAGAUAUAUCAUUUCGUUUAGGUGCAGUUAAUUUAUUAUUGAGAAUUGCUGACCAUUUGGAGAGAGGAAUCAGUCAUUUAAUGGUUGCCAUUAAAGCGAAUCUCCCAAUAGAAACUCAAGCACAAUUGGCAAUCUCUUCAUUAGAUGAAUUUAUUAUGGAUUGCAAUCAUCCCUUACCACAAUGGGAACCUGAGAAUAUUCCUCAAAAUGAAAUGGAUAUACAUUUACGUAAAUUACGUGAAGAUCAAUUAAAUACAUUACGUGAGCAAGCAAUAAAUACAAGAGAAACUGUUUCUGAAAUUGAUGAUGCAUUAAAAGAAUUGAAAUCUUAUCGAGAAACUAUUCUUAAUUUGGCAAUCGAACCACAAAUGAGUAUACCAGAUAUUAUAAUAUGGAUGUUAAGCGGUGGUAAGCGUACCGCUUAUCACAGAAUACCAGCUCAUGAAGUGUUAUACCAUGACAAUGAAGAUUACCGGGGAUUAAAAUGUGGUACAGCACAAACAAUCAAUUUAAAAAAACCCACCUUAUUGAAAGAUGAAAACAAGCCAGAAUGGAAAAUUCCGGCUCAGUUACGUGUUGUUGUAUGGUUUGGUUUAGAAAAGGACCGUACUGCAUGGACAGAAUCGCAUACUGAGGCAAAACUCCAAGUUGUUGCAGAAACGUAUGAAAAUCAAGCAUCAAUUGUUGGUAAUUGGGUGACUAAACGACCACCGUUAACACGUCCAUCAUGGUCUGAUAAUACUGGCCGAAUUGAAUUACCCAAGGAUUCUAUUCAAUUACCAACAGGUUGGGAAUGGGUUGGUGAUUGGUAUGUUAGUCCAGAGUUAUCGUUGCUUUAUAAAAAGGAUGCAGGAAAAACAAGUUUUGUUGAAGAAUUAUUCUAUAAUGAAUUUCGUACCCCAACAAGUCCAUGGAAAGUUGCUGAACCUGCAUAUACUGAUGCACAAGGAGAAGUGAAAGGUGAACCAAAAACAGUUGAACUACCAAGUGGCUGGACAUGGGCUGAUGAUUGGAAAAUUGAUUACAAUCGUCCAUGUGAUGAAGACGGUUUUGAGUAUACCGUAGAAGCAUCUACAGGUGGUUAUGUUGCAGCUGAAAAACUUUAUCAUAUGUUUCGUAGGCGACGACUAAUACGGUCACGGAUACUUGGUGAUGUUGGUGUACCUGUUAAACAAGAAGUACUAAGACAAGUGAUAGCACAUGAUCAACAAAGUUUAAGUACGGAACCAGCAGAAGCAUGGGAGUAUGCAUUCAAUUUCGAUUCAAAAUUCCAUACAAAAGAACGUAAAGUUGAUAUGGUUCGACGCAGACGCUGGCAUCGUGCUUUAGCGCCAAAAGAUCUAAGUUCAGAGACUAGUUCAUGUGUUUUACAAAUACGAGGCAGUUCAAAACAAGUGGAAAGUAGCAUGAAGUUGAAAAAAGUAUGCACAAUUGUUGUUGAACAAAAGUGUUCUUGUGUUUUUACAAUAUACAUACAUAUAUUAUUUUAAAACGGCUUGUCGAAGUGAAUAUUUGCAUGUAUAAUUUUCGGAAUGUGUUUCUUAUGAAAAAAACAAUUGUUUUAACGUAGUGCUUCUACACAACUCGAUGUUCUUAGUUGUUUUUUCCCUCAAAACGUUUACAUCAUUGAUGUUGCUUGCCUUUAUUCUGUUCAGUGUGCGUUAUUUAUGCUGUUUAGUUUAUGAGUUAAAUUUAAAUCAAAAGUUAAUGUUUAGUAAUAACUAACACCUUAUUGUAUUUAUACAAAACUGUUCACCCUGACUAAUCAAUGUUGUAAUAUUAGUACUAGUGGUGGUAGUAGUAGUAAUAAUAACCAAGGUUGUAUUUGUAUACUCCUGUUAGUACUGAUGGGAUUCAUUAGAUCAAGUUACACUAUGGAUCCAACAUUAAUGUUUGCUAUUUGGUUCUGUUACAUGGUUGAAAUCAAUCUGCAAAAGUGAAUUCAACUCAGUAUUAAAUGAAAGCGUUUACAUUAUGAGCAUUCAUGCAAAAUAAAUAAGCACGCUCAUCUCGCUGUCGGAUCAACUUAGUUCAGUGUCGUCCAACUGUAAGUAUUCGAUACGUUUUGUAGUCAGUGAUACGCACACCUUGUCAAACAACUUAUCCUAACUUAUAAUUUGUUUUGGUAUGAUUUUCAUAUCGAGAUCGAUGAGGAUACCAUUGAAAACUGAAAAGAAUUUCCCAACGUUAAUGCACUUCUCAGCAGUAUACGCCUAAAACAUUAUCAGGGAUUCACCCUAUGACCUUCAGAUGUUUAGACUUGAGCUUAAGCUUCAAACCACUAAGCUGGGAUCCGAUUUCAUAUUUAAAAUUUUAGUCUGAAUAAAGUACUAUGUCAUUGUUUUCCACCUAAAAACUACCUCUACUGUUUCAAAAUAUUCAUUUUUUGAUUAACCCGAUCACGUAGAUGAUAAGGACAAAAACUGCAUAGAAAGUCGGUUUUUUUUAAUGCUGUAUCAAAGUACUCACAUCUCAUCAUUGGUGUUUACAAAAAAGAUAAACUGAUUCAAAUAAUUCCACAUAUUCGGUAACCUUACUAAGUUGAAUCCAUUUAUUCACCAUUACAGCCUACUGACACUUGUGUUUUGUUUACUACAAGGCCUUGAGGGAUUAUUUGAUUUGUCUAAUUCUCCUAAAAACAUUGAGUUAGAACAGCAUCUACUAAACUGAUUUGUUGAUGGUUUACUAUGUUCAGCUUAUUUUACUUCAUACAACUUGACUUCCUCUGAAGAAUGUGUCCGUCAUUCAAGUGUUUUUAUACGAAACAAGGGGAAAAUGAGUCACCCAAUUUGAGUUCGAUGGGAAAAUAUAUAUAUAGACAUACACGAAGAUAUUCUAACUCAAGAGUUUGGUGAAUGUGUAGAGACUUUUGUUCGGUCUGAACUUAUUUUUCUUUACAAAAUUGAUGUCCAGAAAGCACUUGUCAGUUGUUUUCUUCUAUUGUUGGACUUAAUGCUGCGCACAUCUACGACUCUUACAGGAAAUUCAAACAUAGGACAAUUGAGCAUUGAUUUUGUGUUAUAUUAACGUCACUGUAGUUGUUAAAUGAAAAGCUAACUAUUUGUUUAAAUGUAAUAUGGUGAUUAUGAUUCAUGGAAUAAAUUCGUUCCUUAAAUGGUAAACUAAGUUGUAAUGUCAACGAGUUUAAGUGACUUUGGAUACAUAUACUCUUAUUCAAGAUGAAGAUAUGAUUAUUGUAACAUGAUGGUUUAAGACAGUAUUCUCCAGGUUUGAAAAAUAAGUAAGUGUAUUCAAAAUACAGGAGGAGAACACACAUAACUCUAGAUGAUGGUUAUUACUAUUUGAUCAAAUUUAUUUGAAUCAAUCUAAGUUAGCUGGAUGAAGAAGAGAAGCUACUGGUCAUAUACCACAUAUUAACCUCUUGGUGUAGUCAGUCAUUUUUAGGGAUGCUUAUUUCUAGUGUCUGUUAUAUGGUAAACAUUUACAUAUAUAUCUCCUUGUUUAAUGUAAUUAAUUAAUUUUUAAUUAUGAAGUUUUUACACAUCUCCAAAUGUAAGAAGGUUAGUUAAUUGUAAAGAAAAAGAAAACGUCAAAGCCAAAUUAUAAUUUAAAAAACCCCAAGCUGUUGUGCUGACAAACGGGAUUGAGAUGCAUGAAUCAACCAUUAACUUAUACACAUAUACCUAUACACAUAUACGCUUUGGGUUGCACAAAUGUGUUUUUGUUUUCUUUAAAAUUUGUUCAGCAAGCGAGCUCAAUACCUAAUUAUAAACGCACGCUGUAUUUUGAAAACAACCCUAAUUGACAAUUUGUUAUGCAUUGUUUGGAUCCGGGAUGUUUCUUCAUCCAAUCAAAUAAUAUCACAUUAUGGUCAUCGGACGUGUGCGUUUGUUAUGCAUGUGUCACAUAUCUUUGGAGUCAUACAUCAAAUUUGAUUAACUUGAUAAUCUGUUUCCUACAUGUCAUUUGCUUGUACAGUCUAUACUUUGCUAUUUCUCAUCAAGAAUAUGUUGCAUGAUCUCAAUCAUUUUAUAUACCAACAUUUUUUAUGAAGGAGUUUGUAUUGAUUUCAUUUUGGUCAUAGAUAAAAUUACAUAACUACUUAGUAUUUAAAGCUGAUUCCUAGUUGAUUCAUUUCAGUAGUUUUAUAUUUUGUAUGAUACGGAUUUGCUUUCUACUCCUCCCUCUGUGUAGUGCAGUAUCUUGCAUAACCUAUGAGAAAUUAUAUUACUUUCAGAAUUACACUAGGGUAACAAAUAUAACGUCAUACUGUUAUCCUAGUGAUUUAAGUACACACUCAAAUUCGGAGAUAAUUUUCGUCCUCGAAUCGUAAGAUAUCAGUUGUCUUGUCUUGUAUUCGUAAUUAACAACAAUGGACACUCAAUGCUGCACACAUGAUCAAAAAUACGACUUUCAUUUCUCGUAGUGAGAAAGACACAUUUAAAACAAUUGGUUGGAAUCGAGUAAAUUGUGAUUUCAACUUCAACUAAAUAACUGUAGAGCAACAAUUAUCCCAUUUGAUCAGUGUUGUUUAUCUCGCUAAUAACACCAAUUAUGAUAUUUUACUAGAUGUACUGUAAUCUAUCUAACAGUUUAUGUAAGUGUAUCAUAUCAGUCGUAAGGCUUAAAACAAAUCAAGUUUAAAACCAUAUCUAACCAUUAAUUCGGUGCUUUUUGCGCUUUAAUGUCUUUCAAUUAAUAACAGGGAAGUAUUAGAAACUAACUUAAAAGCUAAUUGAUUUCUAGAUGCGCAUCAAGUAAAUUCUAAGCCAAUAUACCAUUUUUCAUACCAUUAUUAACCUUAGCUAUAUAUAUAUAUAUAUCAUAUUAAAGAAAAGGUAUAUCCUUGUUGUUGUUUUAUAUAUCAUCGUAAAAUUUGGUGAAAUUUUCAUUUUACUUUUAUCCUAUUCACUUGUUAUCAUCCGAAGUAAUUUGAGUGGAAAUGUUACUUUUUUCUAAAUGAACCUCUUAACCUAUUUGUUGUUAGCCUAAACACCAGUAUUUAUUAUCAUUGAUUUGAAUAGAUAAUUCAAAAAGCGUUCUAUAUUGAUAUGUAUUUAUCUGAUGCCUAACCCUCAAGUAUUUUUUUAUAUUUUUGAAUAUAGUUUAUGUUUAUUUAGUUCAGAUUCUCAUCAAUAUAUUCAUUAACAACUGAUAAAACUCCUAUGGUAUUGAGGGGUUUUCUAGUUUCAAUCAUUUUAAUCUGCCUUGUUAGACAUAAUUACUGAUCGAUAAGCGACAGUGAUAAACAGUUACUCAUGUCUCAACAUGAAUAAAGCAUAACUUAUAGUUGGCUUAAUUAGCUCACAGUUAAAAUGUCACAGUAGCAUUUUAGUUGAACAUUAAAUGGUGGACUAUUAAUCAAAAAGUGAAUAUUGGUGGCUGAACUACUUGAUCAUCAACUGGUUUCAGUAGAUAUAAGUUGUCAAAAACAACGCCGACAAUUUCAUUAUCAUUCAUUUCAACAACAUUAUCCACAUUUUUCAUGGAUGUAUUCAACACUGUGGAUAUAAUUCAAAACCACGUAAUAAUUAUCAAUUUCAUUAUGUUUACUAGACUUGCAAAGGAAACUUGUCAGCUCACAAAUAGUGAUGAGUUAUGUAUAUCUAUUGUAAAUCCUGCUACAUAUUUUCAUAAACCGGUUUGAGCAUUAUAUGUUUUUAAUAUUUAUAGAAAGAGAAUCUCACUGUUCCAAGGAUGUUCAUGCGCUUCAGAACUUCUCAUAUCUGGCAUUUACGAGCAUAUAUCUUCCAAGCACGCAGUGUUUUAGCAGCUGAUCAAUCUGGCCUAUCUGAUCCGUUUGUGCGAUGUUCAUUUCAAGGGCACAGCCAAGAAACACAAAUUAUCCAACAAACUUUAUGCCCAACAUGGGAUGAAACAUUAAUAUUUGAACAUAUUGAAAUGUGUGGUGAUCCAAAAACAAUACUUUCAGAUCCACCACCAGUUAUGAUUGAGCUAUUUGAUUAUGAUCAAUUGAGUUCAGAUCAUUUCUUAGGCAGAUUACAGAUCACUCCUGCUGUUCGUCUAGACACAGAAACCACAUGGGCAAAUGUACUUCAAUGGUAUACAAUAGAGAAAAAUCGCAAAAAGGGUGGUGAAAUAUUGGCUGCUUUCGAGUUGAUUCUGCUUGAUGGCAAAUCUCCACCACCACCACCUACACGUCGUGGUACUUUAUUCAAUGUACCCGAAGGUAUACGUCCCGUACUCCAACGUACUGGCAUUGAAAUUCUUUGUUGGGGUGUUCGGGCAAUGCGUAAAUAUAAGCUAGCUAGUGUUAAUUCACCGUCAGUAGAAUUUGAAAUCGGUGGUAAAGUAGUUGAAUCAACAAUCAUAAAAAGUGUGAAAAAAAAUCCAAAUUUUGCAUCGCCACUAUUAUUCUUAGAUGUUUUAUUGCCAAAAGAAGAAAUUUAUUUGCCACCAAUGAAUAUAUGUGUACGUGAUCAUAGAGCAUUUGGACAGAAACCAAUGGUUGGUGUACAUGUUUUAACAGAUUUUCAAGAAUUCAAAGUACCAGCGAGAACAUCACAAACAGAUGUUUUAAUGGAUAUACAAGCCUUAACUGAUAUUGCUUGUACAACACAAGAGCCUUGUCUGGCUGAACCUAAAGUAGAGCUUCAAUCACCAGUUAAAGGCAAAUCGAAACAGAAGAAAAAGUUUAUGGAUCUUAAACAAAUUGAUGAUAAAAUAGAUUGGUGGUCGAAAUUCUAUGCAUCGAUUGGUGAAUGGGAUAAAUGUUUAAAAUAUAAAGAGUUUGGUUAUGAUACAAUUUGUGUUUAUCCUCAUCCAUUGGAAGAAGUGGAAGGAUUUAAUGGAUUUACGGAUUUCUGUAAUACAUUCACGUUAUCAAGAGGUAAAAAUGUUGAUGAAGAUGAAGAUAAUUAUGCCGGUGAAUUUAAAGGGACAUUUCGUAUUUAUCCAUUACCAGAAGAUCCAAAAGAACAAUUACCUGUACGUUAUUUUGAGAAAUUAAGUGUAUCUUCUGAUCCGGAAGAAUGUAUGUUACGUGUUUACAUUAUACGCGCGAUUGAUUUACAACCAUCAGAUUCAUCAGGUUUGGCUGAUCCUUAUGUGGAAAUCAUUGUAGGUCAGCAUAAAGUUAAUUCGAAAGAUAAAUAUCUUCCAAAUACUUUAAAUCCAGAAUUCGGAAAAAUGUUCCAAAUGAAGUGUAUUUUACCCAUUGAAAAAGAACUACAUGUUAUAGUGAAAGAUUAUGAUGCAGUUGGUGCAGAUGAUGUAAUAGGUCAAACAGAUAUUGAUUUAGAAAACAGACGUUUAACAAAAUAUCGAGCUACAUGUGGCCUACCACAAUCUUACUGUGUUUCUGGACCAAAUCAAUGGAGAGAUUCAAAAUUACCAAGUGAAAUAUUACUAGCUGUAUGUGAUAGUUACUCAUUACCAGCGCCACAGUACGGAGAAACAACAGACAUUAAACCAAAUCCAAGUUGCCGUGUUGGUCAACGCGUAUUUGUACUGGAAGAUUUUGAACGUGGUAUGGUACCAAAUCCACAUUUAGGACCACCGAAAGAACGUUUGGCCUUACAUAUUUUAAAUAAACUUCCAUUGGUAAAAGAACAUGUUGAAACGAGGUUGUUGUAUAGUCCAUUACAGCCUAAUAUCGAACAGGGUAAAUUGCAAAUGUGGGUUGAUAUAUUUCCAACAUCCUUAGGUGAACCUGGACCACCAUUCGAUAUUUCACCAAGAGAACCAAAUGAAUAUAUAUUGCGUUUAGUUGUAUGGAAUACAUUUGAUGUUGUAUUAGACGAAAAAUCAAUAACUGGUGAACAGAUGUCUGAUAUUUAUGUUAAAGGGUGGUUAUCUGGUUUAGACGAUCGUCAAAAAACUGAUGUUCAUUAUAGAUCAUUAAACGGUGAAGGGAAUUUCAACUGGCGUUUCGUAUUUCCAUUUUUUUACUUACCAGCUGAAAAUAACAUAGUUGUUAAACGUAAGGAACACUUUUGGUCUAUGGAUGUUACCGAACAACGUGUUCGUCCACAAUUAGUAAUGCAAGUUUGGGAUAAUGAUUUAUUUUCACCGGAUGAUUUUAUUGGGACAUUAGAAUUAAAUUUAUCUAAUAUGCCUAGUCCAUCAAAAACACGUAGUAAAUGUUCACUGAACAUGUUGCAAUCCGUUGGCAAUGAAACGAAAUUGGUUAACCUAUUUGAAUGUCGACGACUGAACGGAUUUUGGCCAUUUGUUAAUGAAGAAAGUGGAACUCCACUUUUAACUGGUAAAAUCGAAAUGGAAAUGGAAUUGGUAACAAAAGCAGAAGCCGAUCUUCGACCAGCUGGUAAAGCACGUGAGGAUCCAAAUGAAAAUCCUCACUUAGAACAGCCAAAACGUCCAGAAACGUCAUUUUUAUGGUUUACAUCACCGUGGAAAACAUUCAAAUUCAUUAUAUGGAAAAAAAUGAAAUGGGUGAUUAUCGCGUUAUUGAUCAUUCUCAUCAUUGGCUUAUUAAUAGUAUUAUUUGUAUAUGCUAUACCGCCACUUUUGGCGAGGAAAAUGGUUGGAGUUUAAAUGGUCGUUACGAGACCCUUGAUUAAUAUUUUUUAAAAUUCACUCUUAAUUGCUAUUUUACUUCAAGCUUAUUAUAUUUAAAAUAAAACUGACAAUAAUUUGUUAAAAUUUCAUGAACAGUCAUUUAUUCUUCCGAAUAAGAAAGAACCUGUUUUAAACGAGAAUUUUGCAACCAGGAAAAUCCACUUUAUUCUCUGUUUGUUUUUAUCCAAAAAUAAAAUAGGUUUUAUGAUCUGAAUGAUAUGCAUAAAGGACACAAUCAAAUUUACUUUAUCAUGUGUGUGUUCUCUUUUGGAAAUUGUGAUAUCUGGUUUUAACCCAGUUAUAUCAACACUUCCACUCAGAGUGGAAUUUUUGAAAACUCUUAUUUAUUUUAAAAAGAGGAAAAAAACCUACAGAAAUCUUCUAGUAAUUUGAUUGAAAGAUCUUAAUGAAGUCACUUUUGUUUUUCUUUUGAUUUUUCAUCAAUUCUUAUCUAACAUGUAAUACAGAGUUUCGAAAAAAAUAUAAUUACAUACCACCAUAGGUGAUGGUAAAGUUCAACUGGGAAUGGUUGAUUUCCCCUCCUAUAAUCAACCCACUUGUAUCUUAUUUAAGUAGUUCAACGAAAUGAUACCAAAAUUGGUUCACGUCUUCCAAUUAAAUUGGCUACUAAGUAGGAAAUAACCCAUCUUCAUUUCUUCCUCGACAAAUAAUAAUAAUAUUUCUUCAGUUUUGGCCUUUUUUAAGUAUGCAAACGAGAAAAAUAUUCCAAUUUCUUAUUUUUGAAAACAUUAUACACUUUCAUUAUGGUUAAAAUAUAUGUUUCAAUUUAUUUUUAUGCAAUGAUCACGUACUGUUUUUAAAGUCAAUUUAGCUAAAUAAAAAUUCUGGACGCAAAAAAUUAUCAUAAAA